UCACCAUCUGAUUAAUUUGAUCUGAUAUCAAAUCAAAUAGCAGAGACAGCUGGUUCAAGAUGGAGUCCAUGUCCAACCGCAAGCGCCGAGAUUUCAUCAAGGGGAAGCUGGCGCCAUUCUUCCGAGCAGCCAAGCCGCCAGCAGCAGCAGCCAUGCAAUACACCACCAAGGUCAAGCCAAACCAGACUUCUUCUACAACAGCUUCUGUCAGCUUCCGGGUUCACCAGGACUACAUGGUUUCCCAACCAAAGCAGGUCUCGUUCAUCGUAUCUACUGACAAAAACCGCGAAAACUUAAGCCAAAUCGACAACUUCUUCUGCGUUGCUGGCGAUGAAAGUGUUGAUAUUAAGGCUGCAAGUUACAUCUCUUCUGUUCAAGAACGUUUCAAACUUGAACGAAACAACUCAGAACGAAUCAAGCUCCAGGAAACUCACUAGGGGAGACCAAUGGAUACCUUUGCUUACCCUCUUAGUACAAUUAGAUCCAAUAAUAAAAAUUCCUUGCCAUAAAAACCCCACAAGAUUAUCAUUUGUUCAUAGAAUUUGAAGGUGUUAAUUGGAUCUGUAAUUGUUUUUAUGGAUAAUUAAGCAGAGUCCAUGUCUUAGGUUGAGGCGCUUUUCAGCUUCUGCGUGUGCUUGAGUUUGUAAUUCAAGUGAAAGUAAUUUAAUUUUUGUCCUGUUUGUCAUGCAGAAUCCACUUUUGA